UCACAGCUAUUUUCAUAAAACUUUGUUUAUUUCCUUCUUAAUUUAUUUAUUUAUUGUUAUCACAUCACCAACCUCGCUUAUAUAACGCUUUGUUUCCCACCUCUUACUCAUUCCAACUCCGCAUCAGAUUUGAUUUUAAGGGAGUGUGUGUUCGUUCCCCUUUGCUUCUGUUCCAUGUCUCUUCUCCAAGAUCUCAUCAACCUCAACCUCUCCGAAUCCACGGAGAAGAUCAUAGUCGAGUACAUAUGGAUUGGUGGAUCUGGCAUGGAUAUCAGAAGCAAAGCAAGGACUUUGUCAGGCCCUGUCACUGAUCCGAGCCAGCUUCCGAAGUGGAACUACGAUGGCUCGAGCACCGGCCAAGCUCCGGGUCAGGACAGUGAAGUGAUCUUAUAUCCCCAAGCAAUUUUCAAGGAUCCAUUCAGGAGGGGCAACAAUAUUCUUGUUAUGUGCGACUGCUAUACUCCUGCUGGAGAGCCGAUUCCAACCAACAAAAGAUAUAAGGCCGCAGAAAUCUUUAGCCACCCUAAGGUUGUUGCUGAAGAACCUUGGUACGGAAUUGAGCAGGAGUACACCCUCUUGCAGAAAGAUGUCAAAUGGCCUCUUGGAUGGCCUGUUGGUGGCUUUCCUGGUCCUCAGGGUCCGUACUACUGUGCUGCUGGUGCAGACAAAGCCUUUGGCCGCGACAUAGUCGAUUCGCACUACAAAGCUUGUUUAUAUGCAGGCAUUAACAUUAGCGGAAUCAACGGAGAGGUCAUGCCUGGCCAGUGGGAGUUCCAAGUUGGUCCUUCUGUUGGAAUCGCCGCUGGUGAUCAGCUGUGGGUUGCGCGUUACAUUCUCGAGAGGAUCACUGAGAUUGCAGGAGUUGUACUCUCCUUCGACCCGAAACCGAUCCCGGGAGAUUGGAAUGGUGCUGGUGCUCACACAAAUUAUAGCACCAAGUCCAUGAGAAGUGAUGGAGGAUUUGAGGUAAUAAAGGCCGCCAUCGAGAAGCUGAAGCUGAAGCACAAGGAGCACAUUGCAGCCUAUGGCGAAGGGAACGAGCGCCGCCUCACCGGUCGCCACGAGACCGCCGAUAUCAAUACCUUCUCCUGGGGAGUUGCAAACCGCGGCGCAUCGGUUCGUGUAGGCCGCGAGACCGAGAAGAACGGAAAAGGUUAUUUUGAAGAUCGGAGGCCGGCUUCGAACAUGGAUCCCUAUGUAGUGACAUCCAUGAUUGCUGAUACCACCAUCCUGUGGAAACCCUAGAAAGUGUUUUAAGACCAAUCCAGCUGUUCUAAGUCAUUUGUGGGAUCUUCUGUGGGGUUGUUUGUUGCCUUAUUUGGAUCUGAAAUUGUGUUGUUGGGAACUCUUAUUCUUAAGAUGUCACGUUAAUUGUUAUUUUCUGGUGUUGUUAACUAGGGUGGUCCAUGUCUUCGCCGGCAAUUGGGCGAUUGGGUCUUAGGGUUUGAUUGGUUCUCUUGCAUUUGGAUAUUUUGUAUUGCAAAUAAUGCUUGCAAAAAAUUAUUCAGUGAUGUUGUAGGUCCACAUUGUCCUCUCUUUUUGCUACUUGAUUAAAAAAAAAUGGCAUUUCAUGAGUUCCCUUA